AAAUAUGCUGCAGCAACCAGCAGGUUCUGUCUUUCUGUCGCUCGUUCUCUCCAUCACAUGCACACCUGCUUCCUCUUUAUUUCUCUCUCACACUUUCUCUUCUCUCUCUGUCCGCUCAGUCUCUCUCUCCUCUUCUCUCUCAGUCUGCAUCCUGUGGCCCUGAAGUGCAGUCCUCUCUCUCUCUCCCUACCGCUCUCUCUCCAUCUCUCUCUCUGCACCACUUGGAGGAGGAGUCACUGACACACACACUCUCUUUCUCACACACAACCUCUCUCACACACAACCUCUCUCACACACAGUCUGUGUGACCAGCUCAGCCAGCAGCCAGCAGGCCCGUUUCAGAGCAGGGAAGCCCAGGAGAGACCUAUCCCAGGAUGGAUGUACUGAUGAAGGGGUUCAGCAUGGCCAAGGAGGGGGUGGUGGCCGCUGCGGAGAAGACCAAGGCUGGGGUGGAGGGGGCAGCCGCUAAGACCAAGGAGGGUGUCAUGUAUGUAGGUUCAAAGACAAAGGAGGGAAUGGACGCAGGGGUAAACAUAGUUGCUAACCGCGACCAGGCGAACAUCGUCGGGGACCCCACUGCUGGAGCUGACCUCUUACAGGGAGGCAUGGAGAAUACCGGACAAGCGGAGGAGCCUCAGCCUGUAUACGAGGCAGAAUAUGGAGGAGUGGAGCAGGGAGGAGAAGGAGGAGAAGGCGGUUACUAGUCAUUCCAGGGACCUCUUCUCCCCAGCCCUCCGUUGGUCCCUCGCCCUGCUGUUCCAGACUUCCAGAUGUUCUAUUUAUUUUGUUGUGACUUUAUGGAACCAAACCAGAUACAGACUCUUCCAGAUAACUCUAUACACCUCCUGAUACCCCAUGAGACCCUCUUCUGCCCCCCCCCCCACUGUGUUCUGCCCCAUGUAGCUCCCCGCCUUUGUGUCGUUGCUGUCAUGUUGUUACCCCUGGUGUUAUAUUCUCCCUCACACCUCCCAAUACCCUAUCAAGAGACCUGCACACACGCACACACACACACACACACACACACACACACACACACACACACACACACACAGAGUAGAUGUUAUCAGCCGGAUCACUAAGAUAGACGUCUGAAAAGGACCCAGGUGUGUGGAUAUAGGCCUUCGUUGGUGCUCAUCAAAGGAGAAGAAGAAGGAUUGACCAGAUCUGGGCGUGACCCUGUUAUGCUCAGAGCGUGCGGUUCAGAUUACUACGCCACCACAAUUGUUCCAGCAAGCCGCGGAAUUAAUGCGGCACAAAUAGACGUUCAUCCAUAAUACGUGGAAAUCCGAAAGGAAACUCCAGCCAGCAGACAGCUGCGAUGAUUAUUCAGGAUGACAGAACCACAGAGAUCAUAUCUGAUUGUAGUAUGUGUGUGUGUGUGUGUGUGUGUGUGUGUGUGUGUGUGUGUGUGUGUGUGUGUGUGUGUGUGUGUGUGUGUGUGUGUGUGUGUGUGUGUGUGUGUGUGUGUGUGUGUGUGUGUGUGUGUUAGACUCGUCAGAUAGUAGGGCAGUUCAGGAGUGUUCUGUCCACGAGAGGCUGCUGUAGGGACCCGUGCAAUGAACAGAGUGUGUGUGUGCAUUUGUUUGGGUAUGUUUGGGUAUGUGUGUGUUAGAGUGUGUUUCAGACAUGCCAGAAAGCAAUACAGGUGUUCUGUUAGUUAGUGUGUCCCUUGUUAGAAAUGGCAUAGUCUGAGAGGAAGAAAGUUCCUGCAAAGACUGGGAAUCACACAACAACAGAAGCUAUCAAUAUACGCAGUACUUUACAAUGGAUUUGGUCUAGCCUGGGUGUAGUCUGGGUCUAGUUCUGCCCUGGGUCUGCUGGCAGGGUUGGAAGGGAUGAAAGCAGAAUGCGAUACCUGUGGAUCCUGAUGUUGUGAAGGGAAAUUUCCCUGUUAUAGUAAUACCACCGAGCAAUAGUCAGACAGACAGGGAGGGGGUUGUCAUAGUAAUACCACCGAGCAAUAGUCAGACAGACAGAGGGUUGUCAUAGUAAUACCACCGAGCAAUAGUCAGACAGACAGGGGGUUGUCAUAGUAAUACCACCGAGCAAUAGUCAGACAGACAGAGGGUUGUCAUAGUAAUACCACCGAGCAAUAGUCAGACAGACAGAGGGUUGUCAUAGUAAUACCACCGAGCAAUAGUCAGACAGACAGGGGGUUGUCAUAGUAAUACCACCGAGCAAUAGUCAGACAGACAGAGGGUUGUCAUAGUAAUACCACCGAGCAAUAGUCAGAGAGACAUGAGGUUGUCAUAGUAACACCACCGAGCAAUAGUCAGAAAGACAGGGGGUUGUCAUAGUAACACCGCCGAGCAAUAGACAGACGGACAGGGGGUUGUCAUAGUAACACCUCCGAGCAAUAGUCAGACAGACAGGGGGUUGUCAUAGCAACACCACCGAGCAAUAGUCAGACAGACAGGGGGUUGUCAUAGAAGAGCAUCCCACACAGGGAAUGCUGAGAAAUUGAUUUUAAAUUCGAUUUUUGAUUCUCACAACAAGAGUCAAUGGUUAACGACAGCUGCUCCUGUCAUCAACCAUCUCAGAACAAGCCUGGGACAGAGUGUGUGUUUGUGUGUGUUAUUUCUUUGAGACCAAUGGAAACUAAUGACUGCAUGUUGCCUUAUUAUGCACUCAAAUUCACACACACACACACACACACUGGUACCUGCACAAACCCCAGAUCCAUACACACAGCACACUCAUAAAGCACACAAACAAAAACAUAAACACUCCCACACCACGUUUAAUUUGGCAUCGAAGCGGACUUGUUGAUUUUAUAAACAGUACCAGUGAAUUAAAGACGGUUUUGUUGAAAUCCAAACUUCCGUGUCGUCUUCAUUUCUCCAUUUGAGUGACUAAUUAUGAUGCAGUUUAUAAUAGUAUGUAUGCCCUAUGUUACCAUGGAGAUAUUGUGGUACCAUCCUGGACAUUUUUCUUUGCCCUCUGCAAGUCUUAGCAAUGUUUUCUGUGUGUGAGCGUGCGUGUGUGCGUGUGUGCGUGCGUGUGGGCUCCCAGGGGUUUAGCCAGGCUCUUUGUUCUCCUCCACAGGUACACUAUGAGGUCACUCCCUCCAUCGGCAUGCUGGGAGCUGACAGGGAGACAGAGGGGUCAAGAGAGGUCAGAAAAAAAAGCCAACUUAGAACCUCUUGCGUCAGUGUUCUAGAACUCCCAGUCUUAGUGUUUUAAGUGAUCCUUCGGGACGACAUAUCACCAGCCCAAUGUUCCAUUCUAACCACGAGAUUUCCAAACUGCUCUAAGAACACUCUCUGAUCCAACGCCAGAGCACAUUAAAACAGAGGAAUGUCUUCAUGGAGAAACACACACAGCCAACACCCCUAAGGAAUCCACACAAACACAGAGCAGCAAUCUAGGGCCAACAACACAAUGAGAGAGGGCUGUCGUAAGGAGUGUGUUGUAUGUUACAUUUUGUGUCUUUUUUUGUCCGCUUUUAUCGCUGUGUUUUGACAGUGAGUCAGACAGCUUGGUGACCUUUCAGUACAAUCACAUCCAGUAUUUCCUGUUUCCCAUGCGUAUACAGAUGUAGGAUCAUAAUUUGAGCCAGUUUGCUACAACAUGAAAAAUACUCCUGAAGCAACAGGAAAUGUGAAUUAUUAUCAUUAGGACCUGAAUAAGAGCUGUGUAGUGCUGCAUGUAUCCGUAUAUCAUAUUUGUUCUAACAAUGUUUCAUUGAGGGUCCUAAUAAAGUUAUGAGGUCUCUCUCCCUCUACGGUAUUUACAGUUCCACUGCUGGGUUUUUCCAUACUGACACCAACAAUAAAAGUGGCCUGCAUCCUUAGGGGUGUAUGUGACUUGACAGGGGUGUGUGUGACUUGACAGGGGUGUGUGAUGGAGGGGUGGCCUCUGUAAGCCUCUCUGCCAACCUCAUAUAAACCCAUGCACACCCAUCCACACACACACACACUCCGGCCGAGUACAGAACACACACAGAGAUGGACUUUCUGAAAGGAUCCGGGAAGCAGGUGGAUGCAGUGAUCGACAAAGCAGCUGUUGUGGUGAAGGAGAAGGUGGGAGAGAUGAUCGGAGGAGGAGCUAAGGAGGAGAAGAAAGACGAAGGUAUUGGUGGCAUGGUGUCUGAUGUUGUGGUUGUUCCUCCAGGUAUUGGUGGCAUGGUGUCUGAUGUUGUGGUUGUUCCUCCAGGUAUUGGUGGCAUGGUGUCUGAUGCAGUGAAAGGGGCUGCAGCAGAUGCUGCCAUGGACAAUGCUGCAGACAAAGCCAUGUCUUUUGGAAAGAGCCUUUUCAACUGAAUCCCCAACCCUGGACUGUACAGUCUCAACCCCGGACCUUCCUUCCCAUCAACCAAUCCCGUCUUUAUACCAUCACUGAGAUCUGUAUAACGUGUAUAGGAUGUCAUAAACAUGAAUAAAACACCAAUCUUUCAA